AUGGCCGAAGCUAUUCUUAUCCCUCUUAACAGUCACGUUUUAUGUGCCAAUAAUGAUUUAGAAAUUAUUUACCGUUUACCCAAUAAUACAGUACCAUUGUUCUAUAACAUUUCUCUGAUACUAAAUCUUGAAGAAGACAUCUUUACUUUUCACGGUGAAUCCAAUAUUAAAAUUGAGAUUCGUUAUGCAUCGUUAAAUAAUAUAAGCUUACAUUCAAAAGAGUUAGAAUUAAAUGAAACGGCGACAACGUUGAUUAAUGAUAAUGGUACAGUUUAUAAACCAAUAAAACAUUCCCAUGAUAAUGAAACGGAUAUCUUGACACUUAAUUUCAAAAAUGCAUUGUCACCCGGCUUUUACAUUCUUAACAUGAAAUUUAUUGGCUUUAUACAAGAGAAUAGUUUUUUCGAAAGUGGUUUUAUGAUAUUUCCGUAUACAAAUAAAGGAAAAAAUAAUACAAUGGUUGCAACGUAUUUGGAACCGAAAGGAGCUAGACGAAUAUUUCCCUGUUGGGACGAACCCGCGUUAAAAGCCAUCUUUAAUAUUUCUGUAACGCAUCAUGUGAAAUAUCUGGCAUUGUCAAAUAUGCCUCUAGUACAAAGGGAAUUUUUUGAAAAUAAUAUGACGUGUACGUACUUCAACAUUUCUCCAAUAAUGUCCACUUAUCUUGUAGAGAUUAUCGUAAUGCCCAUGAUUGAUUUUCACCAUCUUUCCAACGAGAAAGAAACCAUCAAUGUGUGGUACAGAUCAUCUUUGAUAUCACAAAUAACAUUUGUGUUUAAUAUCACUGAAAUGGUCACGCCAUUCUUGAUCCAAUACACCAAUAAUUCCGAAAAAGUACCGAAAAUGGAUCACUUCAUCAUACCAAAUUUUCCGGUUGACGGCAUGGAACAUUGGGGACUCAUCACUUACAAUGAAUCAUCAGUUAUCUACAAUGCUAACAAAUAUCCAACAUAUAGGAAAGCAGAAUUAGCAACGAUAGUAACACAUGAAAUUGCACAUCAAUGGUUUGGUAAUUUGGUCACACCGUCUUGGUGGUCUUAUCGUUGGUUAAAAGAGGGACUUGCUUCAUUCUUCCAUACGUACAUCAUUGACAAGAUUUUCGAUGAUUGGCGAACAAUAGAUCUUUUUGUGGUUGACAAAUUACACUACAGUUUGAUGAUAGAUAAAGGCGUAUUGGAUCCUAUCACAUUGGAACUUAAUAAUACCUUUGAAAGACUGGAUCUGCUUUCUUUUGUAGUUUAUCAUAAAGCGUCAAUUAUAUUCCGCAUGUUACAAAAUACUAUUACUGACGAGGUAUUUCGAAAAGGUAUUAUCAUAUAUUUAGCCACGCAUGAAUAUGGAUCAACCACUCCGGAUGAUUUGUGGAACGCCAUGCAAACUGCUUUAGACGAAUCUGAUGUCCCACACGAACAUUAUAGAAUAAAGGAAGUAAUGGAUACAUGGAUGAAUCAAAAGAGUUAUCCCGAGGUGAACGUGAUGAAAAAUUACACAACUGGCGAAAUAACAAUAUCUCAAAAAUGUGUUUGCUGGGAGGAAACUAAUAACAAAUGGUGGAUACCCAUAACAUUUGCCACGCAGUCCAAUCCGAAUUUCUCCAGUACUGUGCCCAGAUAUUGGUUACAACCAAAUCAAAAUAUAACCUUUAAAAUUGAUCCAUAUGAUUGGAUUAUUGUUAAUGUACAACAAACUGAAUGUAAGAGCAACAUUCGAAUAAUUGUUCCAUUUAUAUAUAUAUCGUUAUAUAUUGGAAAUAUGUUUCAUAUACAUCCUGCAAAAAUUGUAAUAAUCUCAAAAAUUUCAGGCGUGGAGAAUUAAUUUCUCAAAUUAAUUUUUACUGAAUUGAUUUUUAUAACCAUAAUGACACUCCUUAGCUAUCUUCUUCGAAAUAUAGGAUACUUAGAAAAUACUGAUGAUGAUCAUAUUACAAAACAGAUAAGACUAGAAGCUAUAAAAUGGGCAUGUAACAUCGAUGACAAGUUUUGUAAGAAUACGAUCGCUUUUAAAUUGAACCAACAUUUCACGGAUCUAGAACUUUACAGAAUGUUACCAGGACAUAAUUUUAUGUAUUGUAUUGGUUUAAUGGCAGCCAAUAGAACUACUUGGGAUAAAAUGUUGGAAUUAUAUCAAAAGACAGAUCCAAAAAAGGAAAAAUUUAAAAAAAUGUUAUUAAAAAGUUUAAGUUGUUCUGAAAAUUCUGAUAUUAUCAUCAAUUAUUUAAAUAUUACAUUUAACACUUCAUUAUUUCAUAGAAAGGAACAUGCUUUUAUCAUCAAGUCUGUUCUCGAUAAGCAUUCGAACAACAAUUUGAUCCUUGAUUAUAUAUUGAACAAUUUUGAAACUAUAAAACCCAAAUCACAACUUACUACAAUAAUAAUAAUAAAACUUAUUCUUCGGAACGUUUUUUACGAUGAACAAAUCGAUAAGAUAAAAGUAUUUUCAGACAUUAAUUUUGAUCAUGACCCAGAAACUUUAAAUGCAAUUAAAACACUGAUAGAAAAGCGUAAAAAUGAACUUCAAAGAUAUUUAGAUACUUUUAAAAAAUUGUUUUUUUAG